AUGGAGGAAAGCGAUAUAUCUAGCGACGAAAAACCAAUAUAUUCACAAAUACAGAUUUAUAGACCGCCUCCGGUGAGUUUUUUUUUUCUGGUUUUCUUUUUUAAUUUAUCUUGGUCCCGCAGCGAAGGUCAUAUUGUUCGGCGCUUGGAUACUUUCUGAAAAGUGGCCUGAGAUUUUUUCUGAUGUACAAAAUGAAGAUCCAGAAAGUCACAAGCUUGAAAAUUUGCUAGUCUCAAAACUUAUUUUUUUGAAACUUCUAAUGGUCCCACAAGGAAGGUGGUUCAACUUUAAAAUCGAGAACGCUCUGCAAAUCUGUCAGAAUACUAUGUGAGGUGUGGUUAAAAUCCGAAAAGUCACUAGGCUUUUAUUAGAAAGAAGCUUAGAAAACAAACAAAACCAUCAUGAGUUUUUUUUUUUGAAAACGAAGGAUUUUUGAAGCUUGAGACUGCUUAUAUGUUCAUCUUGUACUUCAGAGAGUAUUCAGGCCUAUUUUUUUUAAUCUUCAAGCGCAAAAUAAAAUAACCUUCCUCGUCGAAAAAAUUUCCCUUUCGAAACCGAUCAUUUUCAGAUUCGCUACACCCCAAUGUCGAUUGGGGUCAGGAAAAUCGUGAAAUUUUUCGCGCCCACACAAAACUUUGUAAAUAUUAUUGCAAACAGUAUCAAGAUGCAUGGCGCGGUUGAAAUUCGUCGGAAGAAUGCCUUGCAAAAAGGUUUUUUUUUUAGUUUUCAGGAAAAAAAGACAGGAGGCUUUGUAUUGAGAACCGAUAACUUGGAAAAAAUUCUUAGGAACUCGAGAGUGGUCCCUAGACGGGGCAACUUUAGAGGCCAUUGUAGGGUCCUCUCUAGGGAAAACUUUACCAACCUCUAUAGUGGCCUCUAAAGCUUGCUAAAGCGGUCCCUAUAGGGGACAUGCUAGUCGAUAAUAGUUAUGAACUCUAAGCGAAGACGCAUUUCCACAGGAAAAACUGAAUAAAUAAGCGUUUUUUGAAUGAAUGACCCCUAUAGGGUCCACUUGAGCUUUAGGGGCUAAGGGGUCAGACCCUAAACUCCAAUAGGGGCCACCUUAAUUUUACCCCUAUAGGGACAACUUUUUCGACCCCUACAUGGGCCAUUUCCCCCCUAAUCCCUCUAGGGACCACUCUGGAAUUUCUUAGAAGGGCCGACUGAAGAGAGCCAGAUUUUUUGAGAAGUCACUCUAGUGUUUCGUUGAUUUUAUGAAGUGCGGCCUUUGGAAAUCUCUGAUGAACGUUAUUUUUUGAAUUUUUCAAGUGUUUUUUUGAGAUCCAAACUGUUUUCAUGAACAAAAAUGAGGAUGAAAAGAGGAAAAUCGAGAAAAAAUAGACAAACAGCCCUUCAUUUUUCAGGGCUGUUUGCUGUGAGAACCUUCAAAAGGUCAAUGAUUCUGAUGCCGCCAAUACGGACCCACGCCUACGUACCGAAAGAGUUGAAACGCUAUUUCGGAGCUCUGAGACCGAACGAAAUGCUCUUCAAUCCGGUGCGAGCCAAGUUCGGGACGCUUCCGCCGCGACGACCCGCAGAUCCGCGGAGACGACAGCGGCGGAAAAAGCGGGAAGCGCGACGGGCGGCCCGUCUCGGCGAGUCUUUGGAGUCGUCGGAAAGCGAACCCGAAAGGGAAGCCCCCGAGAGGGUCUUCGAGCACGUCACCAUGUGCUUGGACGUCAGCCAGGCGCAGCCCGAGUUCAGAGCGGCGAGGAGGUCAGUUGCAGUCGGGUGGAGAGCCCAGACAGGCCGCGCCCCGGGAAAAUUCCUGAAUCGCCCCCCCCGCCCCAAGGAAAAUUUCGAUUAUGGAGAGAGGAAUCAAAGAAGACUUUGGGGUAAGGCUAUACCUUAUUCUAGAACUCCUCCCCCUUAUAGUGCUAAGUGCGGGAAGAUUCUAGAAUGUCUAGGCAAUCUUCAAAAAUUGCUCUAGAGCCCCCUCUACGGGAAAAUUCGUGAAUCGCCCCCUCCAACAAGGCGAAUUUUUGAUUGGUGCGAGAAGAGGGUGGAAUAAAGAUCUUUUGUUUAGGGGGGUGGGGCAUAUUUUAUUCUAGAAUCCCCCUCAAGUUCUAAGUGCGUGACGAUUCUAAAAUGCCUAGGCAAUAAUCGAAAUUCGCCCCCACUUUUGUAUAAGCAUGGCAAGCCUUUUUCCGGAUUAGCUUCCCCCACACACCCUUUUAGAAUCUGAUCAAAAACGCGGCCUCUCUUCAAAUCGUUUCGAGACAUUCUGGAAUGAUCCUUGCGUCUUUUCGCGUCCCAGGCGAGCCGAAAUUUAGUUAUAGAACUUCUCGGAACCCUUUUUGAAAACAAAAUCUGAACGAAAUCAGUUUUUGAGCUUUUACUGUGCAUUUUCGACACCCGACGUUUUUUUCGGCUUCCUGUUCCGAAUUUUCAUGUUGAUCAAAGCUUCAUAGUCUGUUCAGAUUUUUAAUGUCAAGUACAAUGACGUCAUUCGAAAACGCUCUGUGAGGGUCUCGCUCUCUCAUUGGUUCAAUGCACAAUUAGGGGCGGAGCUUAAUCGACGAAUCGAAAUUUCAAACCUGAACAGACUAUAUCUUUGAGAGAAUUUUGAAGCAAGGUACAAGUAGGUCUAGUAAAUAAAAACAUUUCAGUGGGCCAAUGAAAAUUCGCAGUUUUUCAAGCCUUUUUUCAGAUCUUGCACGCCAAAUAGCAAUCUCGUGUACCUCCAGGAGAAUCAACGGUUCGAGUUCAUAAUGACGGCGUCGAGGGAAAUCGCCUCCGGCGAAGAAAUAACGUUGCCCCAUGAGAGGGACUGUACUCGGUCAGAGACUCCGCUGAGAUGCGCCUGCAACUCACCCCGUUGCUUUCUUGAGGUAUUGGAAGAUUUCGCUUGGUUGAAAAAUGAAAUGAAAGUACUGGAACAAAUCUAGACAUAUAUGAAGACGCUCAAGUGAAGCUACUUAGAAAAACGGGGAUUUUCCACAUUUCAGCUUUUUGCUUAGCUUUUUGGGUUGUUUGAAGGAGCCAGCUGUUUCACGGCAGGCUUGAGCCAUUAAAAAAAGGUCCUGACACGAUAAUGCACGAGAUAGUGCCUGGCUGGUGGAGAGCGCGAACAGGCCACGCCCCUAAGCGUCCCAAGCUAGCCGUGAAUCAGCUCUACCUAUUUUUAAAGGUGCAUGGGUCAAUUUCAUAUGGGUUUCAAGGCGAAUAGUUCUCGGAGCUGAAUGAGAACUUUGAAAAAAGCCGUGACCAGCCAUUUUAACGUCUAGCUUGUUAAAGUAGACACUGCAACAAUUGAAAAUUUGAAUUUGAACGCGAAAUGGUCAUUUCAAAAAAAAAACCUGUUUUUAAAGGCGCAGAAGGUUUUCACGGACUUCUUUCUUUAUUUUUAGUGGGCACUAUAGAGGCUCGCCAAGGACUACUUGGAGAGGACACUAAAGUGGCCACUAAAUCCACCUCUAUAGUGGCCACUAUAUAUGUUCUCUAUUUAGUGGCCAUUUCAGUAGUUUUUCAUCCAGUAUUCCUUCCAGUAGCUCUGAUAAUUUUUAAACAAACAGAUUGGACCAGUUAUGUUGAUCCACACCCUAAAGUGGCCACAAAAUUUUUUAGUGGUCUAUUAUUAGCACUUAGACCCCUAUAGUGGCCCCUAAUUUUUAACACCUAAAGUGGCCACUAACUUGACUACUGGAGUGGCCACUAAAACGUCAAAACCCUAUAGUGGCCACUAAAAAUUUUCCCAGUAAGGUAAUUUAUUUAUUUUUCAGCUUUUACGCCGCAACAAUUUGGAAAUUGAGUGCGAGGCAAACGGAAGAUGA